AUGCCGGACUCCGCCGCAGACACCCUCCCGGUGGUGACUCUCGGGACGUACGACGGCGGCCUAAUGGGCUACACCGUGCAGCCCGUUCCGUCCCCUGCAGAGAGAAAAGGAAAAGUCCACCGAGACCAACUCCAGGAACUGAAAGUUGCCUUCGCUGUAAAUGCUCAUGUGGGUUGUGUCAAGGCAGUUGCAAGCACUCCCAGCCUUCUUCUCACCGGCAGCACUGACGAGAGCAUCCGCAUUUACAAUCUGGAGACGCGCCGCGAACUGGGCGUUUUGACCACGCCCGCGGGCGGGACUGUGACGUGUUUGGCGCUGAUUGGAAACGCGUUUCUCCUCUCCGGAGACUCCCGUGGGCGUGUGAAACUUUGGCGAGGCGCCUCCUGGGAGUUGCUCCGCUCGCUCGACACGACGAAUCCCGGGAAGAACGGGAAAGGAAAGAAAUCCAGUGCGAGAAAGGCCCGCGACGCCACAGACGACCCCGACGAGGAAGACGAGCACAUUGCUCAGGGCCGCAGAGCCGUGAAAAGCGUCGCCGUGCAUCCCAGCGGACGUCUUUGCCUGGUUGUGACGGAAGACGGAAUCCUGCAGAUGUGGAAUCUCCUCACAGCGACUUGCGCAGCUCGCCACGUCCUCGGAGCACGGGAGCGCGUGGAAAGCGUCCGCUGGCCGCCGCAGCUCGCCACUUCGCUCUACGGCAGACUGACGGCGCGAGAAGUUUCUCUCCACAACAUGGCACACUCGCGAUCUGCGUCUUUUCCCGUCGAGGCGGUCAAGAGCAAGGAGCGAGAGGCAGGCGCUCCAGUGAUGUGGACGGCCUUUUGUUUCGCCAGCGAGGCGGUACUCCUGGUGGGCGACAGCCACGGCGGCAUCUGGGGUGUACAUCUCCCAGAGUCGUUACUGAACAGUGCGGCGGCGGACGGGACGCAGCCUGCACUUUGUCCGAGGUUCGUCUUUAAAGGGAAGCAUGCGUCGCGCAUUAAAGGCCUCGAGAUCGUUGGCGUUGAGCAGGUUUCCUCGUCAGAGGCGCUCAUUUCCUUUGUGAGCGCCGACGCGGGUGGCUGCAUGCAUCUGUGGCGUUUCCGGGGGCCCGCGAAACCUGCCUCGUCGGCAGGAAAGAAGAAAGAAGGCAAAGGCGACCUUGUAACCUUUUCUCCUGACGCGCGCGUGGACACACGGUGCAGAGUGACGUGCCUGUCGAGCAGCGUGACGCCGGCGGCGCUGUCGCAUCAGAGCCCCACGGAGGCGCCAUCUUUCUCUGGAAACAGGAAGGAAGCAAACGGUGAGACGCCGCAAAAGGAACAAGACGAUGAUGAAGAAGAGGAAGAAGAAGAGGAAGAAGAUGAAGAAGAAGAGGAAGAUGAAGAAGAGGAAGAAGAAGAGGAAGAAGAUGAAGAAGAAGAGGAAGAUGAAGAAGAAGAGGACGAUGAAGAAGCGGAAGAUGAAGAAAGCGAACAGGUUGAAGAGGGGCUGACGAGGAGGCCUAAAGGAAAUGGAAAGGAGGGGAAGAAUGUUGGCUCGCUGCCUUCGGCAGGCGGUCGCAUCAACCGACCGUCCCAAGGCGCAUCUCUUCUCAAGGGCCGUGAAGCGCCGUCGCAGGUGCUUGCACGGCGAGACGAACGGAAGCGAAGUCGAGGGGGGGAAACACAGCCAGUGGGAAAAGGAAAGAAAGCAAAAGCAGUGCCUCACGGGUUCAUGGAGGACAAGCGAGAGGAAAAGAAGGAAAGAAAGCAGAAGAGAGGGGCGUUUCCGGUGUCUGCAGGGAAACCCUCGAAGAACCCCAAACGGUGA